CCUGGUUGCUGGGGCAACAGCGUCCUGGAGACGUGGAUCGUGCCCGCCCCGGUGACCUAGGCGAGGUGGAGGCUACUACCAAGCCCGAAUUCUCCAAUUUACAAGUAUUUGAUCUAAAAGGAAAUGAAGCGUAACACCCUCAGACUGAAUAUGGCCAGAGUCAACAGCACCUUGUCAGGCAGCACCAAAGCCAGGGAAUUAAUGUACAAAAUGUCGGUUUUACCCGAUUGGCAUACAUUGCACUCUAGCACCCGGAAGCUGUCGUAUUCCCGCCCCCACUCCUCGCCAUGCCGAGCAUAUGCAAAGAGUGGCUGCCAAGAUAUUUGCAGACCCUGCUCAUCAACCAUCGCUCUUGCCAACCCAGUCCUGUCCUUCUCAGAAGUGGAGCGGAUUUUAUCUCAAAAGAUUUCCAACAAAAGGGAAGACUUGAAAAAAGUCUUCCAGGUCCUCGACCUGAACCGCAACCAGACGGUGACGAAGGGGGAGCUGAGGCGCGUCAUCACCGCCUACCUCCUGCCACUCACCAGGGAUCAGUUCCAGGACCUGCUGGCUCAGAUCCCGCUCACCAGCUCGGGUACCGUGCCAUACCUUGAAUUCCUGUGCAGGUUCAGCGGAAUUGAUCUAAACAUAAAUAUUAUGAAGAGGGGAAAUGGGAACGAGAUAAAUCACAGCCGGACAUUCAAGGAGCUGGAGACCCAACUCAUUGAAAAGAUCUUCCGAAACUUGAGGACGAUCAAGAAAAUCUUCCCGCUCCUCGACGUCAACGACACAGGCACAGUGCACCCCCAAGAGCUGAGACGGGUUCUGGAGACAUUCUGCCUAAAGAUGAAGGACGAGGAGUUUGAAAUGUUCUUGAAACAGUACAACCAUGGCAGUGCCUCUAGGGUGGACUACGAGGCUUUCCUGAAGAAUCUCGGCAUCAACAAAGAGUUGAACAUUAGAUACGUGCUGUUCAAUAGAGACCCCUUAAAGGAGAGUCAGCAAACCAAAAAUGGCAGGAGGGAACAGCCACUCAACUUCCUGUCACCUGAAGAUGUCUGGCAGAACUACUCCUUAGAUGACCUGGAAAAGACCUUUUGUCAGGAGCUUUCAAAGUCGUAUGACAAGAUUGAAAAAGCCCUGAGCGCAGGAGACCCCUCCAGAAUUGGCUACGUCACCCUGAACUACAUGAAGGUUGUCCUGGACACCUUCGUGUACCAGCUCCCAAGGAAGAUUUUUAUCCAGUUAAUGAAAAGAUUUGGGCUUAAAACCACCACAAGAGUCAAUUGGAAGCAGUUUUUAACAGCAUUUUAUGAGCGGCAGGGGUUUGAAGCCGGUAGGACAAUCCACAUAAAGAAAAGAUGCAGCACUGACUCUAGAAACCGGUCUCGCAAGGAAAAUAUCAUCAAGAAGUUAUUCAAGUUCUCGGAGGAGCGCUACAGAGCCCUGAAGAAGACCUUAUUAAUUAUUAGCUCGAUGCCCAGUGGAUACAUAUCUUGGGAAGAACUGCGUCGCAUUCUAAACUGCAUGGUUGCGAGGUUAACUGAUCCAGAAAUCAUCGAAUUGAAGCAGGCGUUCGACCCGGACGGCACUGGUGGAGUUAGGAUCAGCUCCCUCCUGGAAAUGCUGGACGACAGCCCAAAGGUAAGAAAACUGUCCCCGCCUACAGAAACCAAGGCACCUCUUCCUGUGGCUUGGGAUUCAGUAGAUGAAAUGGUGCUUGACACCAUCACCAGGAACUUCCAGGACUUCUACGGCCUGCUGCAGUCAUAUGACCCCGGGUGCACGGGGACCGUAUCGAAGAGUAACUUCAAGAAAAUCAUGCGCAUGUUCUGCCCGUACCUGCUGAAUGAGCACUUAGUGAAGCUCUCCACUAAGUUCCAAGACUCAGCCUCGGGAAGGAUCCUGUACAAGAAGCUUCUGUUAUGCCUCGGUGUCUGUGUCCCGCAGCCCACCCUGGAACUCAGUACUCCGAGGGAUCAGCCAAGCGAACAGUCUCAAACCAAGGAGCAGAGCCAGUUGGAUCUUCCUGAGGGAACCUCGGAGAGCAAGAACAUGACCAAGGAAGAAGUCAUUGAUAGACUCAAGCAACGUAUCCAGGAGCAGGACCCGGUGUUCAAAGCGCAGUUCCUUAGCAUCAGCAAGGAGCCUGACGCAAAGAUCAGCCCAGAGGAGUUCCGGAAGGUCCUAGAAGAAUGUGAGAUGCCUAUGAAUGACAACCAGUAUUCACAGUUGGCCUCCAAGAUAGGCUUCAAGAAGGAGGGCAUGAGCUACCAGGACUUCGCCAUGGGAUUUGAAGACACGUUGCAGAGUGGGCUGGAAACGGUUUCCCUGCGGCCACACUCCAGCACAAAAAUGAACCCUGACGACUUCUUCAUCUCUGCAGAAGAAUGCGUGAAACUUUUCCCCAAGAAAGUGAAGGAGUCCUUCCGGGACCCCUACUCUGCCUUCUUUAAAAUAGACACUGACAGAGAUGGCAUAAUCAACAUGCAUGAUCUUCACAGAUUGCUACAGUACCUACUGCUCAACAUGAAGGACGAAGAGUUUGAGCGCUUCCUCGGCCUCCUGGGCUUGAGACUUGGCAUCACCCUAAACUUCCGGGAGUUUCAGAACCUGUGUGAGAAGAAACCCUGGAAAUCAGACGAGGCACCGCAAAGGCUCCUUCGAUAUAAACAGAAGGUGGCAGAUUCCGAACUAGCCUGUGACCAGGCUCAUCAAUACCUUGUCAUCAAAGCCAAAACCAGAUGGGCAGACCUAUCCAAGAAUUUCAUAGAAACGGAUAACGAAGGCAACGGCAUUCUUCGACGAAGGGACAUCAAGAACGCGCUGUACGGCUUUGACAUCCCUCUCACCCCGCGAGAAUUCGAGAAGCUUUGGCACAACUAUGACACCAAAGGAAGGGGUUACAUCACAUACCAAGAGUUUCUCCAUGGACUGGGCAUUCGAUACACCCCGAAAAUCCACCAGCCCUACAAGGAAGACUAUUUCAACUUCCUGGGUCACUUCACAAAGCCCAAGCAGAUCCAGGAAGAAAUCCAGGAGCUUCAGCAGAUAAAUGAAAGGGAGAAUCUCCUGGACCAUUAUGAGGAGAUCAGCAAAGCACUCAACACGCUAGAAAAAUCCAAGUCGAGUUCAAUAGCCCUGUGCAAAUUGCAGAAGGUGCUACAGGAAUGCGGGUAUCCCCUGAAGGAGGAGGAGCUACUGAGCCUUCUGAAGAGCUUGGACAUCAGUGUGCAUAACAAUUGCAUCAACUCCGUCGACUUCCUGAGAGCACUGGAGAUGAGCAGGACAAGCAAAGCUGAACCAAAAGAAAAAGAAGAAAGCUCACCAAUCAUCUUCUCCAAGCUGACCCAGGAAGAGGUGGUGAAGAACAUGCAGGCUGUUGUAGACUCUUGCCAGCCUGCUUUGUUCAAGGCAUUUUCCGCCCUGGAUAAAGAAGACACGGGAUUCGUGAAGGCUAUGGAAUUCGGAGACGUCCUGAGGAGUUUCUGUCAGAAGCUAACAGAAAAUCAGUAUCAUUAUUUCUUGAGGAAAUUAAGAAUUCACCUGUCGCCCAGCAUACACUGGAAAUACUUUCUGGAGAACUUCAGCUCCUUCGAGGAGGAGACUGCUGAUGAGUGGGCAGAAAACAUGCCCAAGGUUCCAGCCCCCACCUCUCCCAAAGAAGUGACCAACAAAGACAUCCUGGCAAGAGUGUACAAGGCAGUGGCUUCCCAUUACCACGCCAUUGUCCAGGAGUUUGAAAACUUCGACACCAUGAAAAACAACACAGUCUCCAGAGAUGAGUUCCGAUCCAUCUGCACCCACCACAUACAAAUCCUGACGGAUGAACAGUUUGACAGGCUUUGGAGCGAGAUGCCCAUCAACGCCAAGGGGAGGCUCAAGUACCAGGACUUCCUCAGCAGGUUCAGCACGGAGAGGGUACUCUCGCCCCCCAUGGGGGCAGGAGACUCUGGGGACUCGACCGCGGCCCAGAAGGGCAGCAACACCCCUGACGCCAUCCAGGCGGUGAGAUCCACCCUCAGCUCUCCUUGUCGGGACGUCAGAGCCGGCUCGAAGUCAUGGAGUCACACCUGUACCCCCGUGAGCACCCCACCCCUACAGAACUGCGAGCCCAUCGAGAGUAAGCUCCGCAAACAGAUCCAGGGCUGCUGGCGCGAGCUCCUGAAGGAAUGCAAGGAGAAGGACACGGACAAGCAGGGGAGCAUCACUUCGGCAGAGUUCCUGGCCCUUGUGGAGAAGUUCAAGCUGGACAUCAGCAAGGAGGAGAGCCAGCAGCUCGUCAUCAAGUAUGACCUGAAGAACAAUGGCAAGUUCGCCUACUGCGACUUCAUCCAGAGCUGUGUCCUCCUGCUGAAGGCCAAGGAGACCUCGCUGAUGCGGAGGAUGAGGAUCCAGAACGCAGACAAGAUGAAAGAAGCUGGUAUGGAGACACCUUCCUUUUACUCGGCCUUGCUGAGGAUCCAGCCCAAGAUUGUUCACUGCUGGAGGCCCAUGCGGCGUACCUUCAAGGCCUAUGAUGAGAACGGAACAGGGCUCCUGAGUGUGGCUGACUUCAGGAAGGUACUGCGGCAAUACAGCAUCAACCUGUCGGAGGAGGAAUUCUUCCACGUGCUUGAGUACUAUGACAAGUCACUGUCCUCCAAGAUUUCCUACAACGACUUCCUGCGCGCCUUCCUGCAGUAGGCAGCCAGGUGCGGCUGCACCGGGGACGGAUGGAGCACAGUGUGGGCACCGCCAUCCCUGGGCAGGAGGUCCUAAAUCACACAAGAAAGGAAGCUGAGCAAGCCAUAGGGAGCAAGGUAGUAAGCAGCACUCCUCCAUGGCCUCUGCCUCAGCUCCUGCCUCUAGUUCCUGCCCUGCCUUUCCUCCGUGACAGAGUGUGACCUAAGAGCUGUAAGAUGAAAUAAAUCCUUUCCUC